ACUAGAUCGCGUGUAUAUACGUCAGUCGGCCUCCAUCGCGCGCGCGCAUCAUCGUCGGGUCGCGAGGAACAGAAGAGAAGACGAAGAACGGCGCACAAAGCGCGUAUCUUCAGGUUCUCCUUUCCCUAAAGUGCCGGAGUGGUUCUCGAGGUCAUUUCAACGUUUCUCGGCGAUUUUUGAAAGAAGAAAGAACUGAACUUUGUAUAUAAUUGUGUGUGUGUGUGUGUAUGUAUGUGAGAACUAUUCAUCAGCUAGUUUAAAAAAGUGCUUAUACACUAAUACCUACCUGCAUACUUACCUAAAUUCGACGGGGGUGUUCUUUGUGGAACAGCUGUCCCAAACUCCGUUUCUUUCUCUCUUUCUCUAUUUUUUCCUAUCCCUACACGUCUCGCUUCUACGCGCUAUUCUUCCCCCUUCCCUUUCACCCUCCCUCUCUCUCCCUUCGAGGGCCGAGGAAGAGGAAGAUCCUCGUCGAGUCUCUCUUUCGGUAUCUCAUCGCAUUCGUCGUCGGGUUGUGCGUCGUGUCGUUGCUAUUAAUACCCAACGCAAAACCGUCUUACGACGCGCAGUUGUCGUCCGAUUCGCGGGUGGACGGGGAGAGUCGAUGACUCCUUUUGCCAUGUAACUCGGCGAAGUAGCGUCUACUGCGAUUUGCUGAGAAUUCGAAAGACGAAGAAGAAGAGGAAGAGCAGGAGUGUCUAGCUGAUACACGCUGGACGACCAUCGCCGUCGCCGUCACCAGCACCACCAUCGUCGUCGCCAACGACGGGGACGCUCGACGAGUCUAGGUCGUCGUCUUCAUGGAUCGUGUACUCCCCUCCUUCGUAGGCCGGGUCAUGGAGUGUCGCGCCUGGGACGUCGUCGCCCGGGUGUACCGACGUGGAUGGACGAGGACGACGACGUCGUCGUCGUCGACGGGGAGCGUCGACCUGGACGGCGGAGACGGCCGGACGCCGUCUACGUCAUCGUCGUCGUCGUUGUCCCCGGAGGAGGUCUCCUCAGGAGGAGAGCCCCAUCCUCGUCGUCCUUUGUGCGUCAGCGAGGCCUGCCGAUACUGUCGCGCCGUGGAGAAGACCCUGCUCUGGGAGGACUUUACCUUCUUCGUCAACGUCUACCUGAUCAUCGUCCUCAGCGUGGCGAUCUGGAUUUACGGUGUACUUGGAGUACCGACCUCCCGGAUACCCUUCAGAAUUCUCACCGUUUAUCUUAUUAUACAAUUAAUAAUCGCCUUCAGAUUCAUGGACAGUCUGGCCCCAGCGGAGGAACAUCGAAAAGUAUGUAGUAGACUUCACUGGUUGUGGAGAAGCCUCCGGCAGUUGAGGAACGAACAACCAGGAUUGCACUGCGCUAUCCUUUGUCUCGUGGCGUUCGGCCUAUGGCUCUUCGGUCACAUCAACUCGUCGACCCAUCAAUCGAUAUAUUGGGGGAUCGUAUUGGGCCCCCUUAUUAUGCGGUUACCUUUGAAACUCUCCGACAAACUAUCGGAAUACUUCAAGUCGCACAGAGAAUGGGAAUGCGACAGCGAGAUCGGGGAUGAAUUUUUGCCGGUGGUGACAGAGGCGAAUCUUCAGGUGCUAAAUCGAGUGGGGGAUACAGGUGAUCAUUCACCGACACCGACGAGCGUUUUGUCGGAUAUUCAGAAUGAUUCUUUUUACGACGAGGACUUCAUAGAGGCUUUCCACGAGAAGAUGUUGACUCUGCCCUAUUACGGAGAGGGAAGCACGGACGGUGUGGAGAUGUCGGAGCUGGAGCUCAGCGCUGGCGAAAACGAGGCCGAGGGCGAGGACGACAUCAAGUUUCAGAGCGGCCACUUUGAGAAGAGCUCGUCCUCGUCCUCGGAGGAGGAGGCCUUCGACGCGAAGAAGAUAAGCACGGUCAGCAGCGACGAGAGCAACGCUGGCGACAGUGACUUUGAGAUAAUCGACAAGGAAGAAAUAGUGAAGAUGGAGAUGUGAUGAAGAUCGAUCCGGAUAUGAAGAUGAAAAAAGGAAGCUAUUUCGAUUUGUGCGAUUAUAAAAAUUGAACAUAAUAAAAAAUAUUUAAAAAAAAAAGUCCAAAAGAGAAAAACCAAAAAAUCUUUAUAUAUAUAAUCGGCUGCAAAAUAAAUCCCGAUCGAACAACGAUAAAUUAUAAUAAUUUUUCUUUUUCUUCCAAAUCUCGAUUAUCUCGAUCUCGAUAAGGGUAUCUACGACAUUAAGUAUCAGAUAAGUGAUUUUAGUUUAAGUUCGCAAAUGUCUCUCGAUGCGCAUCUCUUCGCGCGCGUACAAAAUAACGAAUCAAAGAGAAUCGAGAGGCAGAAAAAAAGAUAAAUUUAUUUAUUUAGACAAAUGCGGUCGAGCCUCCUUAUUCUCUUUAGCCCCCAGUUCUGCUUUAUUUCUUUAUCACUUUUCUUGCGUCUCGCUCUAUUUGUGAUCAUAAGGGGAAAAGUGACAGAGAACGAGAAGAGACAGAGGCGGUAAGAAGGAAUAACGAAGACCUGACUGUAGAUAUGUAUAUGUAUACGAUAUAUACGCUACAAUAUCGUAUUAUUUAAUAUCUUGGACGAUAAAAAUAGGCGUAUGUACAUUUGCAAUGUAAUAAAUAUGCACCUGUGUACAAACGUUUUAACCCUGAGAAGUCAGAGUUCACGCUUUUUGACCUAAUUGCGAUAAUUAAGUGCGACGACGACGUGUGUGCAAUGUAAUUGAGGAUGCGAAAGAGAGAGAGAGAGAGAAAUGAUGUAGAGAGAGAGGCUGCACUCUGAGUUUAGCGCGAACAAAUGUUUUAGACGUGUAAGGAUGUAUUAUAUUGUAACAUGUUGUCUGCGAGAUGUGUAAAAGAAGAAAAAAAUGCGGAAGAAGAUACCGACGAGACGUUUGUCGAGUCUCGGACGCGUUUUUGUAGCUCGUUUAUAAUUGGUGUCUGCCGUGUCUUGUUCUUGUCUACGCAUCUCUAAUAUUUGGAAAUACACGACAAACGAUAAUGAAAGUACGA